CUAUAUUCACCUUCACACACCUUUAUUUUUCUUUACUAAAUUAUUAUUUUCUUGAGUGUUGGAGUGUUGUUGUGCCAGGAGGCACCACCACCUCUCUAUAACCUAACCAAAAUUUGCGAAAAGUUUGACGGAAGGAAAGUUGUGUUGGCAAGCAUGAUUGUACAUAAUGUAAACAUGGCUGGCUCAGCCACCAGGCUGAGGAUUUUGACUCGGAUUAAACUUUGUGGGUUGCCCACGCUGCCAGGCCAUGGGAGGAGCAACAAGUUAGGCUAUAUAAGAGUGUACAGUAGACAGCAAGCCACCAACACUACUAGUACUGCUCAGUAUUGUCUCCAUCUUGUUAAACAAUACGAUUAUGAAAACUUCCUUUCUGUACUGCUGCUCCCACAAACUGCUCGAACCACUGCUUUGGCUAUACGGGCAUUCAAUGUAGAAUUAUCUCAGGUAUCUGACGUGACAUCUGAAACAUUGAUGGCUAAAAUGCGACUCCAGUUUUGGAGAGAGACCUUGUCCCAAAUUUAUAAAAGUACAGCACCCAGGCAACCUGUAGCUAUGGAAUUACAAAGAGCUGUAAAACAACAUGGAUUAUCAAAACGCUGGUUACAAAAUCUGAUUGAUAGCCGGGAGAACCAGCUGAACAAUAAACAAUUUGCUUCUUUAGCAGCUGUAGAGGACUACUGUGAAAUGUCCAAUUCCUCAUUGUACUACCUCAUUCUCCAAGGAUUGGGAAUUAAGAACGUUCAUGCUGACCAUGCUGCUAGCCACCUGGGUAAAGCAGAAGGCAUAUUAAAGUUAGUGAGAGGAGUCCCACAUUAUGGAGCCAAGAGGAAAGUGUUUCUCCCACGAGAAAUUAUGUUGAAGUAUGGAGUUUCUGACGAAGAUGUUAUACGUGGCAGUAAAGAACAAAAAGUCAGGGAUGUUAUAUAUGACACAGCCAGCCUUGCUCACCACCACCUUGAUCAGGCACGAGGUCUCAUAAGGAGUGUUCCAAAGGAUGCAGAAGGAUUCUGCCUUCAUCCCUGUUGUUGCUGUGGCAGCUUAUCUCAAGGCUUUACAGCACACUCAUUUUCAUGUUUUGACUCUGUUCUUAACAAGGCGUAA